AUGGCGGAACCACAGAUCGCAUAUGCUCAGGACGAGUACGGUCGGCCUUUCAUCGUCGUCCGCGAACAGGGCAAAAAGACUCGUGCCAACGGUAUUCAAGCCAUCAAGAACCACAUCUCUGCCGCAAAGACGGUGGCCAACAUCCUCAAGACAUCGCUCGGACCCCGCGGUCUGGACAAGAUUCUCAUCAGUCCCGAUGGCGACAUCCAGGUCACAAACGAUGGCGCCACCAUCAUGAACAACAUGGAGCUCGACCACCAGAUCGCCAAGCUGCUCGUCGAGCUCAGCAAGAGUCAGGACGACGAGAUCGGCGACGGCACCACCGGUGUCGUCGUGCUGGCAGGUGCACUGCUCGAGCAGUCCGAGUCAUUGCUCGAUCGAGGUAUCCACCCCAUCCGUAUCGCGGACGGCUUUGAGCGCGCAUGCAACCUUGCGGUCCAGGAACUCGAAAAGGUCGCCGACGUGGUCGAGUUCGACAAGGACAAUAUUGACGAGCUCAUGAAGGUCGCAAAGACGUGUCUCGGAUCCAAGAUUGUUUCAAAAGCAUCGGACAAAUUUGCCAAGAUCGCAGUCGACUCGGUGCUCUCUGUCGCCGACCUCAAGCGACGCGAUGUCGACUUUGAGCUGAUCAAGGUCGACGGUAAAGUGGGUGGUGCAUUGGAAGACACAACACUCGUCCAAGGUGUAGUUAUCGACAAGGACAUGUCGCAUCCUCAGAUGCCGCGCGUCGUCAAGGACGCCAAGAUUGCCAUCCUCACAUGCCCCUUUGAGCCCCCUCGUCCCAAGACCAAGCACAAACUGGACAUCACCUCGGUCGAAGAGUACCGCAAGCUGCAGGACUACGAACGUGCGAAGUUCGAGGAGAUGAUCAAGCGCGUCAAGGACUGCGGCGCCAACCUGGUCGUGUGCCAGUGGGGGUUCGACGACGAAGCCAACCACCUGUUGCUGCAGCGCGAACUGCCCGCCGUCCGCUGGGUCGGUGGUCCCGAACUCGAACUCAUCGCCAUCGCCACCAACGGCCGCAUCGUCCCACGCUUCGAAGAUCUCUCGCCCGAAAAGCUGGGCCGAGCCGGUAUCGUCCGCGAAGUCGGUUUCGGCACCACCCGCGACCGCAUGCUUGUGAUCGAGGAGUGCGCCAACACGCGCGCCGUCACCGUCUUCGUCCGCGGCUCCAACAAGAUGAUCAUCGACGAAGCCAAGCGUGCACUCCACGAUGCUAUCUGCGUCGUGCGUAACCUGGUUGUCGACAACCGCGUAGUCUACGGUGGUGGAGCUGCCGAGAUCUGCGCUUCCGUGGCGAUUUCGAAAGCAGCAGAUGAGAUCGCCUCGUUGGAACAAUACGCGAUGCGGGCGUUCGCUUCCGCGCUCGACGCGAUCCCGCUGGCGUUGGCGGAAAACUCGGGCUACUCGCCCAUCGAGACGCUCGCCGAGGUGAAAUCGCGACAGGUUACCGAGAAGAACCCCAAGCUGGGCAUCGACUGCAUGGGUGCUGGAGACAACGAUAUGAAGAACUGCCGUGUCUUUGACCCGCUGGUAAGCAAGAGGCAGCAGCUGCUCUUGGCGACGCAAUUGGUCCGAGCCGUGCUCAAGAUCGAUGAUGUGAUCGAGCAGCACAACAUCGAGUAG